AUGCAAACAUCUCUCCCAGCAAAAGUGGAAUAAACCUACGACGACGGAAUAACUUAAAAUAUUGACAUCGAUAUCACCCCAAAUCGAGCAGGUAAAACCACCCCAAGCUCCUAUGUUCUUUCAAACGAGGGUUAGGGCAAAGAGAAGCUUUCGAGAAGAAGGUUUUUUGAGGUAUUAAAGAAUGACAAGGAUCAUGAAUUGAACUUUAGGAAUGCCUAAAUUAGGAAAGAUCGAAACGGUAGACUGAUCCUGAGAGGAUCAAAUAAACAUAAAGUUACAUUUGUGGAUUAAGUAUUGAAAACUGAGAUAUGCGAAGUUUAUUUAGUAGAGAGUUACAAAAAAUACAAUUCUAUGAGUGAAAUUGGUGGAAACGAAAACACAGCUAACUGCCACUGUUCUAUAUUUUGA